AUGGCUAAACCCCAACAGGACAUGAGGGAGAAGUCUUUAAUUCCUGUUUCCAACAUGAAAAUGCAUGACUUCAUUCAAGUUGAACUGGAUAGCGAGCUGAGUUACCAAAAUCUACUAAAAGUGAGCUGCUGUGAACUGGGGAUUAACCCUGAGCAAGUGGAAAAAAUCAGAAAGCUACCAAACACACUACUCAGAAAGGACAAAGACAUUCUAAGACUACGGGACUUUCAAGAAGUAGAACUAAUUUUAAUGAAAAAUGGAAGCUCUAAACUGAUAGAGCACACACCAUCUCUGUUAGAGAAGCCCUGCUACAACAGCAAUGCUGCAAAAAUGACAUAUUAA